AUGAAGGAAGCAGUUGUCUCUAGCGUCACAACGGUAGCAAUUCACGACGUGCCUAUCCCAACGCCCCGAGCAGACCAAGUGCUGAUCAAAGUUGUCUUCUCUGGCUCUAACCCGAAAGAUUGGAAAGUGCCUCUAUGGCGGACGCUCGACCAUAAUUCUGGCGACGAUAUUGCCGGUAUUGUCGAAGCCGUGGGCGAAAAUGUUGUUGAAUUUAAGAAAGGAGAUCGAGUUGCUGCAUUCCAUGAGAUGCUUGCGCCCCAUGGAAGUUUCGCCGAGUACGCUAUCGCAUUCGCCUCUACUACCUUCCAUUUGCCAAAGAAGACAUCAUUUGAGGAGGGUUCCACAAUUCCCCUCGCAGCAAUGACUGCUGCCCUUGCUCUCUAUUUCCGUCUAGGCCUUCCUGAACCAUGGAAAGAAGCAACAGCGAGCCCAACCCCUCUAAUCGUGUAUGGUGGCUCCAGCGCUGUUGGAGCUUUCGCAAUCAAACUCGCCAGACUCUCUAACAUCCACCCAAUCAUCGCCAUUUCAGGCAGAGGACAAGCUUACGUAGAAGGACUAAUCGACCGCAGCAAAGGCGACACAAUCAUCGACUACCGUAUCGGUGACGAGGGAAUUGUAUCUGGUAUCAAGGAAGCAUUGAAGAAAGCCUCUACCAACGAAGUUCAUUACGCUCUUGACGCCAUAAGUGAACAUAACAGCUACCAGAAUAUUUGCCAAGUAUUAUCAAAACAAGGCAGUAAAAUCACUACUGUGAUGCCUAUCAAAGAUUUCAGCGUCCCGGACGGGAUUGCAAACAGCUGGACUAUGGUCGGGGCCGUACAUGAAGACGUUGCGCCAGAGUCAGCUGGAGGAAAGGCUGGGAUGAAGACUGGAGGGAAAGAAUUUGGCCAUGUCUUUUUCAGGCUUUUCUCGAGAGGCUUGCAGGAAGGAUGGUUUACUGGGCAUCCGUACGAGGUCGUCCCUGGCGGCCUGAACGGUGUUGAGAAGGGGCUGACCGAUAUGAAGUCUGGGAAGAAUUCCGCUACCAAGUAUAUAUUCAGGAUUGAGGACACAAAGUAA